AUGGACCAAGAGAGACCUGAAAGCAGUUCAAACCAUGGAAAGAGGACACGACCUUUGUUACUGCAGCCAAGUCCAAAAAUCGCAAGGGUUGCUGCUUACGCCAGCUCGACGUCCAGUUCAGUACUUAAGAAUUCCAGAAAGUUUAGCCCUAGUUCACCAAAGAGGACAAAGUUGACUUAUAAUAAGAGUGAUGUUCCUGCUCCUGGAACACCAGUGCCAGAUAAGGUCGUGCGUAAGGCUGGUCCUUACCUACUAGGACCGAAAUUGGGACCAAGUCCUGUUAAAAGUAUUGUACAAUGCAUGGCAAGAAAGGAGGGGACUGAUGAGUUCUACCAGGUGAAAAUACUAACAUUAAGAAAUGAAGGCCAACCAGAAACUCAAGAUGAUAGGCAAGGAAAGAUGUUGUUGCAUACUGAAUACUCUUUGCUGUCUUUAUUGAGAGACCAGGAUGGCGUUAUUCAUCACCAUGGAUUAUUUAAGGAUCAUGCCUUAGAAGAGGCACCAAAUCCUAAUGGCAAUGGGUUCAUUUACACGGGCAGAGUUCGUCAACGUUUGUUUCUUGUGUUAGAUUGUGUGUCACCUCACCAGUUCACUGAAGGAGGUUCCCGGUUUAUAAAUUUGCAGCAGUAUGUAACAAAAGUAAAGAAAGUUCCAGAAAAAGAAGCAAUAUUAAUUUUCUAUGAUAUUGUUAGGGUUGUUGCUAAUUUACAUAAGAGGAACAUAGUGCACAGAGACCUGAAGUUGGGUAACAUUGUACUAAACCCGAGGGCGGGACGUGUAAUCAUUACCAAUCUUUGUCUUGGGACGCACCUUGGAAGUGAUAGGGAUUUAUUGAAAGACCAGAGAGGGUCACCAGCCUAUAUUUCUCCAGACGUUUUAAUGUGUAAACCAUACUUGGGGAAACCAUCUGACAUGUGGGCGUUAGGUGUUGUGUUGUACACGAUGUUGUAUGGGCAGUUCCCGUUCUGUGAUACAAGCCUCGCGCAACUGUUUAGCAGAAUACAAGCUGCCAAUUAUAAUAUACCCCCGGAUGGCAAUUCAGUACAAGUGUCAGACAAUACUGUAUUUCUAAUACAAAGGUUACUAGUUAAAGAUCCUAAACAUAGGCUCGUGGCUGAGGAGGUACUUGAUCAACUUUCGUCUAUAAUAGCAAGUUACGUUAACAUACCAAACCCACCAGAAGAUUUACAAGUUGUCCCCGACAUUCCCCUGAAUGAGGAAAGUAAAGAAAAAUCUAAUAACAGCCCGUCUUCCACUGAAGUUGAUAGAAAACCCUUUUUCAAUAUAAGUGAGAAUAAUAACGAGAGGUCUCCGAAUGCUACUGAGGAAUUAGGCGUAUUCUGCGUACCGUUACCCGAUUUCCUUGCCCUCAACUUCCCUUCACCGACUCGAGUGCAACAGAACAGCAUCAUCGUCCAUCCCACCACGUCUUUAGAUCCAUCAUCGAUAGCCUCACCAAACCAACAAAACCAACGGCAGAUCACCGUCCAAAGAAUAGGUCGAGAUGCCAGACCUCUUCUGCCAUGCGAGAUAGCCCGAUAUCGACACAUGAUCGCGUCUAACGUAGCUCAAAGGCAAGAACAGCCCCGCCGGUCUGACGCACCAAACUUCGUACCGGACACUCGGCAAGAUAGACCGGAGAACUCAAGAUUACGAGCCCUAGCUCAACGGAUACCAAGACUCAACUCUAUAGCGACAACUUCUGCAGCCAGCCAAACUCCUCCAGACUUCAGGGUGAUACAAUGGUCUGAAUCGAGGUCUAGAGGUUGGGAUAAUGACUACGUACUCCGAUUGCCUGUUUUAGAUUUGUCUAGAGUCAAUGGGAAUAGAAUUAUGAACCCAGCUCCAGUACAAUCGGUGAAUUCAGAAGUUCUUGUUAACAAUCCAAGGUCUCAAGACGAUGAAGUUGACGCUGAUUAG